CAACAUUCUAUAUAUCUACACACAAUACAGUGAGACAACUCCUGUACCCAGUACCUAUCUCUCUACAGAGUACACCCAUACCUCAACACCACCAUGGUUGCUUCCUCCUUCAAACCCAUUCUUCAUCUGGCCGUUGUUAUACUUAUCAUCAUAUUAUUUUCAUCUUUAAGUUCCGGUGCACCGACACCCACCACCAAGAUUGGUAAUGGCUACAGUCUCAUCUCCCUCCAUGAAUCCACCGACGGUGCACUUAUUGGUCACUUACAAGUCAACCUCAAAAACAAUAUCUAUGGCCAUGAUAUCCCACUCUUGCAAUUAUAUGUCAAGCAUGAAACUGAUGAUCGUCUGCGAGUACACAUCACCGACGCAGAACAACAACGUUGGGAAGUACCAUAUAAUAUCUUACCAAGAGAACAACCUCCUAAACCAUCAAAACAAACUCUCGGCAGCCAAUCAGCUGAUCAAAAACCAAUCACAACAACAGAAUUCGCAGGCAACGAGUUACUAUUCAGUUAUAUAGCCAAUCCCUUUUCUUUUGCAGUAAAAAGAAAAUCAACCGGCGAAACCCUCUUCAAUUCCUUAGCAGAUGAAACCAGUCCUUACAAUUCACUAGUAUUCAAAGACCAGUACCUAGAAAUCUCAACAAUUAUACCAAAAGACGCGGCAUUGUAUGGAUUAGGGGAAAACACCCAACCACACGGAAUAAAAUUGUAUCCAAAUGAUCCAUAUACGUUAUGGACAACUGAUCAAUCCGCGAUUAAUUUGAACAUGGACUUGUAUGGAUCACAUCCAGUUUAUAUGGAUUUGAGAGGUGGUAAAGUGCACGGUGUGUUAUUAUUAAAUAGUAAUGGGAUGGAUGUUGUGUAUAGAGGGAAUUCGUUAACGUAUAAAGUGAUUGGGGGUGUUUUUGAUUUUUACUUCUUUUCCGGGCCAGAACCUCUUGCUGUGAUCGAUCAGUAUACACAACUUAUUGGCCGCCCUGCUCCUAUGCCAUAUUGGUCACUUGGUUUUCACCAAUGCAGAUGGGGUUACCAUAACCUAUCAGUAGUCGAAGAUGUUGUCGAAAGCUACCAGAGGGCGGAAAUUCCGCUAGAUGUCAUUUGGAACGAUGAUGAUCACAUGGACGGACACAAAGAUUUCACUCUUAAUCCGAACAGUUACCCUCACGAGAAACUGGUUGAUUUCUUGAACAAAAUCCACGCUCGUGGUAUGAAGUACAUUGUCAUUAAUGACCCUGGAAUCGGUGUAAAUUCCACAUAUGGUACCUACCAACGAGGCCUAGCCAAUGAUGUCUUCAUCAAAUAUGAAGGCAAACCUUUUCUAGCCCAAGUCUGGCCCGGGCCUGUUAACUUCCCGGAUUUCCUCAACCCAAAGACUGUGUCUUGGUGGGCUGAUGAAAUCCGAAGGUUUCAUGAGCUUGUGCCAGUGGAUGGGCUAUGGAUUGAUAUGAAUGAGGUUUCAAAUUUCUGUUCGGGCUUAUGUACAAUUCCUAAAGGGAAACAGUGUCCUAGUGGCACUGGGCCUGGUUGGGUUUGUUGUUUAGAUUGCAAAAACAUAACGAAAACAAGAUGGGACGAGCCACCUUACAAAAUUAAUGCAUCGGGCACACCAGUGCCAAUUGGGUACAAGACCAUAGCGACUAGUGCGGUUCAUUACAAUGGAGUCAAGGAAUACGACGCUCAUAGCAUAUACGGGUUCUCUCAUACUAUUGCCACACACAAAGGCUUACAAAGCCUUCAAGGCAAACGCCCUUUUAUUUUGACCCGAUCCACAUUUGUUGGAUCUGGUCAUUAUGCAGCCCAUUGGACAGGAGACAACAAAGGAACUUGGGAUGAUCUCAAAUAUUCAAUCUCAACCAUGUUAAAUUUUGGUAUAUUUGGUAUCCCAAUGGUUGGGUCAGACAUAUGUGGCUUUUACCCAGUUUGGAGACACCAUAAACCGGCAGCAAAUGAAGAGCUAUGCAAUCGUUGGAUUGAAUUAGGGGCAUUUUACCCUUUCUCAAGAGACCACGCAAAUUACUAUUCUGCACGACAAGAACUUUAUCAAUGGGAAUCCGUUGCUAUAUCAGCUAGAAACGCUUUAGGUAUGCGAUACAAGCUCCUUCCAUACUUGUACACAUUAACCUACGAAGCACACACAACGGGUGCCCCCAUUGCUCGCCCGGUAUUUUUCUCAUUCCCAAACAAUACUAAACUUUACGAGUUGAGUACACAAUUCUUGCUAGGAAGUAGCCUAAUGGUAUCACCGGUUCUUGACAAACAUCAAACAAAAAUAAGUGUAAUGUUCCCACCUGGAACUUGGUACAAUUUAUUUGAUUUGAGCCGAGCUAUUGUUGCUAAAGAAACAGAAUCCUUCUCUUUAGAUGCUCCUUUGCAUGUGAUCAAUGUUCAUUUAUAUCAAAACACUAUUCUUCCCAUGCAAAGGGGAGGAUUGAUAUCAAAAGAAGCAAGAAUGACACCAUUUACCCUCAUUGUGACAUUUCCAAUGGGGGCAACCAGGGGCGUGGCAAAGGGAAAGCUUUAUCUCGACAAUGAUGAGCUACCUGAGAUGAAGCUAGGAAACGGGCAAUCUACGAUUGUUGAGUUUAGUGCAAAGGUUGAAAAUGGGAUGGUGAAGUUGUGGUCAAAUGUUGAGGAGGGUAAGUUUGCUUUAGAGAAAGGUUUGGUCAUCGAAAAGGUUACCGUGGUUGGAUUGACCGGAGUUGUUGGCGGUUUUGUGGUGGAGGUUGAAGGUAGCACUGGUGGUUUUGAUGAUUCGAAGGUUGAAAUGAUGGAAACCGAUCAUAAAGUUUUUGAUGAGUUAAUGAGUAAAGGUAACAAAAAAUGUAAAAUGGUGGAAGUUAAGGGGUUGGAGAUACCAAUUGGUAAAAAAUUCUUGAUGUCAUGGAAAAUGGGGAUUAAUUAGUUGAAUUAGUUGUGGUUUCAAUAUGAAAAUUAUGAGAAAGCCAUCCAAUGUUUGGUUUUUUGAAUUCCAAUAAAUAUAUCUGUGUCAACUUUUUGAAAAAAAAGUGAUGGCCCUAAAGUUAUCUUU